CGAACGCAAACUACUUAACAAGUAUUUAUUCUUGAACCAAAAUUUGUUUAUUAUCAAUUAGAUUAAUAGGUGGUUACUCAAAAUAUAUUGUGUUACUUCGUAUAGGCAUUGCAUAAACGACCGAAGAAAACAUAGUUACUCGUAAAAUACCAAGUGUACCUAAUAUUAUUUACAUUUGGUGUUAAAAUAUUUAAUGAGUAUUGCCCACCAUGAAAACUUAUAAAUUGACUGUGCAUCAAAAGGUUUUCAACAGUAAGUCAACUUUUCAAGUUAUUUUAUGGGUUGAAGUCUAGCUAUUGGGGUAAAAAAAGUCGAAAUAUCGAAAAACGCUAAAUUCAUAUAGUUUCUGUGCGCCUUGUUGACCACUGUCCCACGGUUGAAUUUUCAAUUUUUCCAUUUAGAUAUGACUAGUUUAGAGGUGUACGUUUAUAGGCUUAGUAAAAUUGUAUCGUUCACAGAUGCUGUCUGGCUCUCGGUGAUCAAAACUAUACUUAUAAAUAUUAAUGUUUUUUUAGUAUCUAUAAUAACCUAAAUAAAAGUCAAAAUUUUGAUUUUUAAAUUUUUAAUACUUUUCAACGAUAUGACCUUUGGUUAGGUAAUCAAAAAAGUGUUGAAAUCAUUAAUGCAGUAAAUUGAAAAAUGGAAUUCUAACUGCAGAAUGUUAAUAAGGUAAGAAAGAAGAAUGAAAAAUAUAGGGGUAGUUUUUGAUGUUAAAUUUUUUUUUACCCCAAGAGUCAGACUUCCUACUAUUUUAUGUAGGUACAUAAUACUGAACUAUUUAUCUAUAUAAUUGUUCACUAUCAUAUGUGUCAAUAUUAGAUGCAGAACUUAUUAUCAACUGUCACGAUUUUCCAAAUGCAGUCAGAGGGAAUAUUGUAGAAAUUUAUCAUGCUGAUUCUAAACUGAAUAAGUUAUUGCUUCAAGUUUUGGUUUUUAAAGACGAUUCUAAAAGUAGAGGUAAGUAUUCUCUGUUAAUUACCUAUGACGUAAAUGCAUUUUACCUUUCCAUUCAAAAUAUUUAAUUUUUUUUUGGACCUUAUGUAUAUUUAUAAGUUAAAAAUGAUACCGAAGUCAGAAUGUAGUUAUUCCACUAUACAUAAUAUGAGGAGCAAAUCGAACUCAUGGUGUUUACCGACAAUUUUUUUGAAUUUAUAAAUAGGAGUAUUAAAGGACACAAAUAUUAAUAAAAAAUACGAGUUUAUUAAUAUCUAAUGUAACUCUAAAUCAUUUGCACUUAAACUAUCUUUAUACUUGUCACCACUAUAUGCUACAAUGUUAUUCGGUAUUAUAUAUUGGGUUUUAAAGACUAUUUUUAAUUCUUAAAAACUUUGUAUAAUGAUCAAUACCUGUUUCUUAUCUUACAUUGUUUUAAAAACAUAUAUUUGGAAAGAUUUAUAUCUAGCUAUAAAUAUAUUUCUUUUUUAUUAUAGUCACUGUGUCAGUGAUUAUUUUGCAUGUCACCAUAGUCCCUCAAUUGUACCUUUUAUCUAGUUCGUUAAAGUUGAUGCUAUUUAUUGAAUUUCCAUAAUAUCUUUUCUAAAGUAUUACAUAUACUUAUUUUUAAGUAUUUUUAAAUUAUUAUAAUAUUUCCGUACAUUCAUAAAUUUUUAGCAAUACUUUUAACAAAGUAACGAGGAAAUUAUGAUUGAUGAAUUCUAAUUACAUCAUAAUUUUUAUCAAGUUAAAAUGCGUGAGUUCCAAAAAAAAAAUUAUGUAAUUUAAUAAUUCAAACCAUUAAAAAUCAUAAUUACAAUAUUAUCUACUUUUAAUUAAUUUCUAUGUAAUUUUUCAGAUAUAAUUAGCAUUGAACAAAAUAUAGCUAGUUUAUUCAAUCUGCGUGUAUAUAGUGAUGUUAUAGUAAACAUUGUGAGUCCAGAAUCUGUUUCUUUAGAUUCAAUUGAGUUGGUAUUUAGAGAUCAGUAUCUUGGAAGAUCAGAAAUGUGGCGUUUAAAAAAUUCAAUGGUUGAUACUUGUGUUUAUCUUGCUAAAAAAAUUGAGUUUUGCGGUGGUUAUACACGUUUACAAAUUUAUCAAAUGUGGAGAAAAGGAAAAACUGUUACGUGUGGGGUUAUCAGCAAUAACACGAAGGUUUUUAUUCUAUUAUAAUUUGUAAUAAUGUUAUACUUAAUUAAGGCACAUGGCUUGUAGAAUUUUAAUAUUUGAAUAUUUACAUUAUUUUAUAAAAUAUAUCAUUUUUAGAAGACAAUAACAAAUGUUUCAAUACUAAUGUUGGUAUAAAUGUUUAAAAAAAAAAAAACUGGAGUGUGUACUCUAUUCUAAGGUGUAUUGUUGAACUUAUAAUUACUUCAUCUAGAGCUGCAAGUCAUAAGUGCUGUUUAUUAUUAAUAAAAUAUUAUUUUAAUAAUUUUAGAUAUAUUUAUUUACUAGAUAAUAUUUAGAUCAGCUACAAGUAUGGUUUACAUAUUUCUUCAAAUGACUUCUGAAAUGUGGGAAUUCAACUUUUUAGGUGACACUUAUUUUGAAAAAUCUGUUGAUGGGUUUUUAGUUGAUUUGUUUGAGAAAUGGAGGGUAAGUUUCAAUACUAUUUAUAUUAUAUUAAUUUUAAGUAUUAAGUAAUGUUAUACUAGUAUUUUGGAAGUAACCAUGAAGUUACACUGGUUGUAUUCUCACGAGUAUUUUACAAAGCUAAAAAAUUAGAAGAAUUUCCUGAAGGUAUGAGAGAAUGUCUUCAAAUAGAUUUUAAGAAUCGUUUUUAUGAAGAUUUUUACAGGUAAUUUAACAAUUCACUUUACAAAUAAAAUAAAUUUUAAGAGUAAUUAUUAGCACUUAAAUAGUAUAUUGAAAUACUUAAUAAUAAGUAUAAGUAAUACAUUUUUAAUCUGUAAUAAUCUCAUAGUUGCUAUAGAAAAUUAAUGUCUAAAAUAUUUACUAAAAUAAUAAAGUAAAAACAAAAUUAUUAAAAUGGUUAAUAUUCGCAAAUAAAUAUAUAAUUAAAAUAUAUAUAUAUAUAUAUAUAGAAAUGAGAAAUAAAUUUAUGAAAGAAUGUGUGGCAUGGAGUAUUAUGUUAAGUGUAUUAUACUACCAGUUUCGAAUUAAAAAUUCAUCAUUAGGUAUAUCACAGUCAAAAUGUAAAACUACUACAUUUUUACAUUUCACUUUUUUUGAAUUUAAUUUUCAAUUUGAAACUAGUCGUAUAAUGACUAGUUAUGACUCACUCAUCAUAAUACUCCAAGCAUUUAUUCAUUUUUUAUUUAUAUAUUUAUUUACUAUAUCUAUAAUAAUUAUCCCAUUUAUCUUAUUGUAUUUUUAAAAAUGAAGUCUUAGUGCCUUAUGGUAAAUAUAAUAUUUAUUAUAAAAUAAAACAACCUUAAUUUAUUGAAUUAGGUGUUUUUGUUUGACUAUAUACCAACAAUUUGAAUAAAACAAUAGUUAACCCUAAAUACAUUAUCCUACAUGAACUAUUAUUUUAAACUCACUUUUUGUGUCUUGUUUUAUUUAUUAGAGUAGUUAUUCAAAAUGAAAGAUAUGAAGAUUGGGCUGAAGCUUCAUUAAUGUUACUUAAUCGUCUUUAUUAUACAUAUAAGACAGAUGUAUUAAACUAUCAUCAUAGGGUACUUCAAGAAUCUGGUAUUUCCACAGAUUCAAUACCAGAAGCUUAUUUAUCUCAAGCUGCUCAAGGCAAUAUACUUGAAGUAUUAAAUAUGGCAUUAAAUGGUAUGUAUUAUUCAAUGUUAUUCUUUAUUAUUAUUAAAUUAACUAUUAUUUUAUAAAAUAAUAUAAUAUUGUCAUCAAAUAAUUAACUUUUAUAAUUUUAGUUAUUUAAGAUUCUGAUUAAAGUAAGUAAUGCAAUGGUUUUACUAUAAAUUGUGUUGUAUAUAAUUUUUUUUUAUUAUAAUUUACCUAUUAUCAUUUUGUUUGUCUAUUAAUAUAAUUUUAAUCAGCAGAUUUUCUUUAAUCACAUCAAAAGAAGUUUCAAUUACAUAGCAUUUUUUUUUUAAUGUGUUAUACCUUUCUUAAUAACUGGGAAAUGUAUACAACAUCAGUCUGUGACAAAAUUAAUUUGAAAUGCACUGAAUAAUAUAAUAUAUUCAAUGUAUAUCAUAUUUAGCUCAAAUUCAAAAAGAUGAACAUACUUUGUAUGUGUGUGAGCCACUAUUAUAGGUGAGAAGUUGGGAAGUUAGCAGAGGGAAAAUUAAAUGUAUGUCUGUACAAAACGAUUAACCAUUGCUAACAAAAAGAUGAUUCUCAAUGGAGUUAGAUUGUUAGUGUUGCUUUAUCAACAAUUUAUAUGUUACAUUAUGGUAAAAUAAUUCAUAUGCAUAAGUAUCACUUUAGUGAGAUUUCCUUUCGAAAAAGUGCUAUCAUUGUAAAUCAGAGCAAAAUUCUUGGUAGAAAAGUUAUUCGUAGAAAACAAAAUAAAUUCCAUUGUAAAACCAAUAAAUUCCUCUCUCCAAACAGAAUCUUAAAGUAUAUUAUAAUUACAUGUAUGAGUUUUUCAUCCCUUAUAUUGGAGACAACUAUUUUCAUCAAAUAUUUUUAUUUAUUUAUUUUUAGUAUUUGAAAAACAUUUUAUUGAAAGGAGUUUGGACCGGACUGGUCAAUUAGUAAUUGUUGUAUCACCUGGUAUGGGUGAAUUUGAUGUGGAUAGACAAUUAACAAAUAUUACAAAACAAAGAGUUAUGGAUAAUGGAGUAGGAAUUGAUUUGAUUUGUGUUGGUCAAGAGCCAUUGUAUGCUGUUCCAUUAUUUUUGGUGAGAAAAAUAUUUAUUAUAAUAGGUAUGUUUUAUGGUGUUAGUGAAUAUAAUACAGAGAGUAACAGAACUAUGUAACAAAUGUAAUAACUUUUUUUCUAUAAAUAUUUUUAAUAUUUUUUUUUUUCGAAUUAUUAUUACAUCUUAAUUAUUGAUUACAUUUUAUUAAUGUUUAGAAAAAUGUAAAUUUUGUGAUCAAAAACUAUUACUAUGGUUGUUGAGUCAAUUAUUUGUAUACAGUUUUUUAAGUUUUGUGAAAUAUGACAUUUUUGAGUGCUGAAAUUUUCAAAUGGUUAAUUCAAUUUUUCCGUAAAAUAUAUUAUAUAAUUUGAUAAUAGUCAAAAGUUGGGAGUCAAUCAUUUUAUCAAUAGUCAAAUAUAAUUUAUUAUUAGUAAAAUUAGAAAGCAAAAAUUUGGAUUUUAACAAACUUUAAAAACUGGUGGCAUAACCUAAUUAAGUGAAUUAUGUAAUGCAAGAAAAAUGAUUUUUACAAAAUGUUUGCAUAAUUAUGUUGAACAAAUUUAAAUAAUUUUUUGUUUAAAUUUUAGUUUCAAAAUCGUGAUGAAUUAUUAGGAGAUGAUUACAGUAUUCCACAUUGGAUAAAUUUAAGGUAGUUUAUUUACUAAAUAUUUUUUUAAGUAAAACAUUCACUAGAACUGAAUCUGAAAAAUAAUUUAGUCCUAGACUUAUAGUUACAGGUGUCUCCAAAUUAUUGUAUAACACUACAUAUUUAAUUGGAAGAUUAUGGUUUUCAUUUUUUUUGGUUGGUCUGUUCAGUUCUAUUGUUUGUAUCGCUUACUUUUAACAUUAUGAUUUUAUAAUUUAUAAUUCUUAAAAAUAAUAAAAAUAUAUAAUUAGUUUUUACAGAAGUAAACAUAUGCCUCCCCGUUCAAGUUUUAUUCCUCGGUUAAAAGUACCCUAUGCAUUUUCAAAUAUUGUAUUAAACCGAAAAAAAGAUUCAAUAAUAGUGCCACCAAAAUCUUUAGUGGUGGCUUCAAUGCGUGAUACAUUUACAAAUUGUGAACAAGACUAUUUGAAUUAUGAUGCAGAUGUGUUUGAUAAUAAAUAUAAUGAUUUACCAACUAGAUGUGAGUAAGUUACUAUAAUUUUUGCGUGUAUAAUAUAAAUAGAAUAAAUAAAUACAUAAAAUGCAUGUAAACUUAACAUAAAUUAUAUUAAAUUUUAAAUAUAAUCCAAACUUUGAAUAUUAAAGUAGUGGUUAAUAAAUUACUUUUGAUAGAACAAAAAAAGAAAUUUGGAAAAGGUAUAUUAAGAGAUUUCGAGGGUUAUAUUGUGGAGGUUUUUUAAAAAAAAAGGAUUCAAAUGGUGUAUGUGGAUAAACAACAUGUUACUCACUAAUAUGGUAAUACAUUAAAACACUUGUUACUAUUAUACAAAAUUAUAAACAUUACGUAAGGUAUUCAUCAUCUCUGAAAAUAUUAAUUUUUUUUAGAAUUUGUUUUUUAGAAUGUUUAAGAAAUAAUUAGCUCUAAAAUGUUACAUUAUUUGAUAUUUUGUUUCCCUUAUUUUAGAGGGUGAAACCACUACCUACUUAUGAUUUUCAAAUGGUAACCUACAUUGAAAAUUCCAUUAACAGGUGGAGUUAAGUUUAAAUUAACUCUUAAGAUGUUGAAAUUUUUAAUAUCCAUUAACUCGUUAAGAAGAUAUUCCACUUUUAAGUUUGGGUAGAUGGUAGAUGUUUAAUUAAUACAUUUGUGAACAUGGAGUCCUACAUGAUUGAAAAAUUUGUAUUUACAUAUAAUUAACACACUUGAAUUUAAUAUCAAUAUUUACAUGUUUUAAUGUUAUACUUUGUUAUUACAACUGAUCUCCAGAGGUUUUUGUGGCUGAUGCCUACCACCCUCUGCAUCUUAGCUCUGGGUUCUACUUGCGGGCGGUCAUGGUGCUGGAAUGACUAUGGCGAGCCCCCGCUGGUUCAGGGUCAUCGUCCCUGGGCUUUUUAGGGCCCCUAUCUUUCUCGUGACCGAGAUGGGUUCCCGUUCGCCCAUUAGGUGCAGUGGAUUAGCUUUACUAUCUCCUGCCAGUCCCACAACCACCAGUCGAGUUAGGCUCCUCAACUUUGGGAGCACUAGGUCCGGAGCAGCCAGGCCAAUCUGGCAUGAAGUGGGGCUCCCCUGCCCGUGGUACCGACUAAGUUUGUUUUAAGUUGAUGUCGGUGGGUCAACCCGAGACUACAUCUCUCCCACUAGUUUGCUCCCCAGCCGUCUAGUGGUGGGCCUAAAUUCGUUACUACAGUGAGAAGGUCUUCCAAUGUUCAUUUGAUAAACUGAUUAAUAUUAUCUAAUAUUAUUAGUAUUAUUAUGUUAGGCAUUCUGUAUACUUGUUUAUACCAAAAUACAUAAAUACACGUGUACACGAGAUUUAUCAAAUUUAUAGGUUUAUAGAACCCAAUGUUAAUUGCAUGUGUUUAUUUUAAAACAGUGUGUACAAAUGAAAUAUUAAGCUCUAAUAGGAGAGUAACAGAACAUCAUUUGUAGUUUGUAAUGGUAAUAUUACUAUGGGCUAUUUAUUUCUUAAAUGAUUUAAAAAAAAAAAAAAAAAAAAACAAAUAAAUGAUACAUAAAUAAUAAAUGUCUUACAAUAAAUUGAUCACUCAGUAUAACUUUAUACAAUAUUUUUAAAUUAGUGGUGUGUAUAAUGAAUGGGGAAUUCGUUUUGGUUAACAUCAUAGUUUUGCAUUGUAUUAAACAUCAUUAUAAUAAUACUUGGAAAUAUUCAUUUUUUCAGUAGCACCAAUAACACCUUCCGCCAUAAUACUGUCAAUAAAGUUGAUACAAGAAAGAAAAAAAUUAGUUCAUGCAGUAUUGAUGUAAAUUUGGAUACAUUAAUUGCUUUAAGCCGUAGUCUUUCUCCUCUUAAACAACGUAGUAUAACACCUCCACCCAAAAAUCCGUGUUUUGACAGUGAAUUUAGUGAAUUUGUUAAUUUAUCCUGUAAUAGUAAGUAUAGUAUAAAGUAAUUGCCAAGGUUAUAUAAAUAUUUAGUUUUUAACUUAAACUUUUUUAAGGUUUAUUAUUCUAUAAUUUGUAUUCUAGAAAUGAGAAGUCGCAGUUUUGAUGACCUGAAAAAGAUUGGAAAUGAAUCAGUUAAUCAACGAGCUAAAGAUACAGAAAAUUCACAAGCUGAUCGCACACUACUUAAUCCAUUUGACAAAUCACAAUAUCUUGUCAAGUUAACAUCAAAUCGAAGAAGAUGGAGUCAUACAUUUCCAGAAAGUAAACAAUUACUCACAUUUUUAGAUGGACAUGUUUAUAAUUUAAAUAAUAACUACUAAUAUUAUUGUUUAGAAUGUAUAAAAACUAAAAAGUUUGCUCAUGAAGGUAAUGGAAAUAAAAAUGUAAACAAUGCAAAACGUGUCAAAUUUUUAAAGAAAAAAAGAUUAUAUUGUAUGAUUUACAUAUUAUUUCUUAUUUAUCAUGCAAAAUUAAAUACUAAUUACCUAAUUAUUAUUUAGUUAAAAACUUUGACAUUGAAAAAUCAUUAAAUAAACAAAUUCGGAAAAAGCAAAGUGUUAAACGUUCUUUUCAAUCAAAUGAAUCCUUAGGAUCAACAAAUGGAUGUUCAUCAAGUUAGUCUAAUAUAGUAUAAAUAUUGGAUACAUUUUUUUUUUUUAAAUUUAUGUUAACUUAUUUUAUGUACAUAUGUAAAUUAAUGUUUUAACAGUUGUUGAUUGGAAGUCAAUGGUAUUUCCUGCAUGUUUGCCAAUAACUACAGACUAUUUUCCUGAUGAUGUAAGUCUUCAGUCAUUUUAUGUGUUUUCAAAUUAUAAUUUAUUACCAGAGGAUGUGAAUGCUGAAGUUGCUCUGCAAAGAGCUGUUUAUCGCCCACCACUUGGUACAAAGGAAGUAUUUUAUCAAAUGGUGUACCAACGUCUAUCCCAAGUAAGGUUCUAUAAUUGAUAUUUAGUAUGUUAAAUAUAACAUUAAAUUGAUCCAUUUAUUAUAUUAAAGCCAGUUAGAGAUUUUCUCAGUAAAUUAUUUUAAUCAAAUUACAAAUAAUUAAAUUGAUGUGUUUAUAAGGACAGACAUACUUUCCAUUGCUAAUGAAAAUCAAUUCAAAGUAAAGUUUUUGUUAUAAAUGUACAUUUUUCUCUGGUUUCUUCAAUUAUUAUGAAAACCACUUGGGAAAUAAAAAAAUAACUUUCUGGUUUAAGUACCAAGUACAUAAUAUUUCCCUUCAGAAAAAGUGUUACACUUAAUAUACAGUGUGUUCACAUUAAGAGGUACUAAUAAAUAUUUCAAUAGUUCGAUACUUAUCAUUCAGUCUUGCCCAUCACUUAUACCUAUUUAUACAUAUUAUAUGUUAGAUACUACCAUGCUGAUGAAAAAUAAUUUGGUCACUGUUAUAAUUAUUAUUAUAUAGUUACCAAGUACUAUAUUUUAGUUUAUUUUGUUUGUACUAUGCUAGAAACCUUUGCAAGAAGAAGUACACUCAACAAGUUCUCAAAGCUUCAAGGGAUCAGAUGAAUGGUGUAGUAAUGUCUAAAGGACAAAUAGACAUAAUAUAUUCAGUUUAACAUAGAUAGAUUAUUUGUAUACUUUUGUUAGUUUUAUCCUUAAAUUAUUUCAAUUCGAUUUAUAAUUUUUAUUUACUUGUCAAAUUUGAAAAAAAAAAAAAUAUAUAAAUAGCCAAAUAAUCAACUAUUUAGGCUAAUUAAAUAUUUUUGUUUAUAAAAUAGGGUUUCCAAUUGGUUGUAAAUAAAGCUGACCACAAUGAUCAGAAAAAAAAGAUUAGUAGUCUUGUUAUGAGACCAACCCAGUCUAUUGCUGAACCCUUUAUUGAAAUGCGACUAAGUAUUGGAAGAAUUGUACAUAUAGUCACUUUAUGUGGUUCAGAAAUUCGAGUAACACGGUAUAGGCCCAGGUAAAUGAAAUCAUUUUUUUUUUUCUAAUAUUUAAUUAUUUUAAGAUUACAAACCAAUAAAAUUAAACCAUAAAUGUUACAAUUAUGAACUUAUAGGGCACAAUUAUUCGGCCAAGUAUUAGUAUAAAUAUUUAGUAUUUACAUGAUAAGGACUUGAUUUGCAGAGCUAAAUUUUGGAGAUACUUAGCCUAUUUUUACCUAUGAUAAAAAAAAUAUAAAAAAUCUAUUAAAAAGUCUACAGAGUGAUUUUUUUUAUCAUGAACCAGAAAUUAUCUCUGAGAAUUUUAAAUGAAUUUGAUUCCUGGUUUGGUUAAAUAUAUUUUUAAAAUGUUGCAAUUUGUAUGAUUUUCUGAAAAAUGUGUACUUUAAAUACUUAAAAACUACUACAUUUUUUUUUUUCAAGCAUUUUUGCCUACCAAAAUAAUUUUAUUAACAUAAAACUAAAUAAACCAUGCAUUUUGACUUAAAACAACAGUAAAAAUUCAUUACAAAAUUUGUAUUAGUUCAAUACUAAAUUAAUAAAAUAAAGUAAAAACAAAAUUAUUAAAAUGGUUAAUAUUCAUAAAUAAAUAUAUAAAUAAAAAAUGUAUGUAUAGAAAUUAAAAAUAAAUGAAUGAAUGCGUGGCCUGAAGUAUUUUUUUAGUAUUUAUGAUAAGUGUAUUAAGAACCAUUUUCGAAUUAAAAAUUCAUCAUCAAGUAUAUCACAGUCAAAAUGUAAAACACUACUGAGUAUAAAAAAUGUAUUUUUUUAUUUUUAUUAUUUUUUAUUAGUUUAAUAUAAUUCAAAAAAAAUUCAUAUAUAAUUUAUUACAACUGCCAGAAUCUUAAUUACAAAUCUUUAAAAAAUGUAGUAUUCUUUUUAUCAAAAUUUUAAAUAUCCAACAAUCUGUUUAACUUAAACAGGAGUAGGUGGCUUCAGUUUAUUGAAUAAAAAAAAAUAUUAACAUACUAUUAACUCAACAAAAUGUAUUUAUUAGUAAUUAUGUUAUGUUAAAUUUGUGAAUUGUAUAUUCUAUUCAUAUAUGUAUGUGAUAAAUUUUGGUUUUUAUGAUUUAAUAUGUAGAUUUCCAUAUGCCACAUUCGAAAUUCAAUAUCGAUAUCGGUUCCAAGCACCAGAUCAUUCAACAUAUGGAAUCUCAUGGAUUUCGUUUAUUACUGAAAAAUUGGAAAAUUUCAAUUGGAAUUAUAUGGAUAAUUAUUUAUGUGUUCGAGGGGAUAUGGAUUAUGCUUUACAUGAGGUUUGAUUUUUAUUAUUAUGUAUACUUAUGAAAAAUAAAAAAUAUUUUGAUUUUUCCUUUCGAAUAUAAAACUCUAAUUUUGUGUGGUACCCUAUAUUGUGUAGUUGAAAAUUUCACAUCUUAAAUCAAGCUACAGUUAAUAAUUUAUUAGUAAUAAUUGCUUUAUAGAAGUUGAAAUAUUGGCGAUUUCGGAUGUACCUUCUUCCAUGGCGUCAAGAGGCUACAAAAGUUAUUAUGGGUCAUUUGCAUGAAAAAUUUUAUUGUGAUAUUUAUAAAACACCUACAGUAGAAGAGCAGAAGCGAUUUACUAAUAAAUUUAUUAAAUUUCUUGAAACAUGGGUAAAUCGUGUUAAACGACCAACCAUAAGCCUUACAGUUAGUUAUAAUUUAUUGUAUAUUCUUUAUAUUUUAUAAAUACUUCAAAAAUGCACUAAUUUACUUUAUUAUAGAGCGCAAAUGACUUAUCACCUUAUAGAGACCGUGCUAACUCCUCCUCUUUACAUCCAUUUGAAAGACCACAAUCAAGGUUUGCAUAAUUAUUAUUAAUUUUCAGUUUUUGAAAAAAAAUUUUAACAAAUACUUAAGAUAACUUAUCACCUAUUUUAGAUUCUGAAUGUAGUGAAGAAGCUGUUUGAUUUAUUAAUAUAUAUAUUUUUUAUUUAUAUAUUUAUUUACUAUAUAUAUUCUUUACUUUUAUAAAAAAACAUGUUCAAUUAAAAUGUUUAGAUUAUUACAUUCUAUAUCUUAGAACAAUAUUGGGUCUAAAAUGUUAUGUGGUCUACACAAAAAAAUGUUGGGAGGGGGGGAAAUUAUAUACAAAAUUGUUUUAAACUUGAUUAAUUAAUUACGAAAUUUAAAUAAAUUAUUUAUUGGAUAUAACUUAAAUUACAAAAAAAAAUCAAAUUAAAAAUUUCUUCUAGGUUUUUGUAAUAUCUGGUACCAAAUUUUCUAUUUUAGGAAUAAUCUUGUCACUUCUAACAUGAAAUUUAAAUGAUUAUUGGUUAAUCUUAAUUUAACUUGAGAUUUAUUUCUAUUAAUAAAUAAAAAUAGUUACUUACAUUGUUAAGUACUUCUAAACAGCAAUAAUUUUACACACACACAUACAUCCUACUUGCACAUAUUUGUAAAAAUCUGAUAUCUCAAUUAAAUAUAUUUGCAUGUGCUGGAACUUUUACUGCAUCAAAUUAAAAAAAGAAAUUAGAACAAGACAAAAUUAGUUUCUAAAAAUUUAAAAACAUAUUUUUAAAUUUGGUUUCCAAACUUUUAAUUUUUUUUAUAUAUAUACUUCAAGUAGAAAAUGGAUUCAUUUUUACUUAUUUUAGAGGCCACACAAGUUUAUUGUAAUUACAUCUUUCCUUUGUAAUUUUUAAUUUAAAUUUAAAAAAUGCUUUGUGAACAAUAAAUCGACCAUUAAUAGUAAAUAAGUUUUACUCUGGAUCCUAAUAAUCAGUAGUACUAUAAUCAGUAUACUAUCAGUGAUUUUACUUUAUUUUGGAAUUUUGAUAAACAGUAACAUUAUAUUUGUUUACAAUUAAAUUUACAGAAUAGUAUUAUAAAUAGUGUCGAAAUAUACAUAUUUGAGAAAUUAAAACUGUGUCCAAAAACUAAAUUGGAUGUUAACUAUUGACAGGCAUAUAUAUUAACAAUAUAAAUAAUUCUAUAUGUUUAAUAAUAAUAUUGGACAUGCUUGCCCUAUUUAUUAGAUACUAAUUUUUCCAUAGAUGCCACUUAUUUAAAUAAUUUUUUUGAAUUCCAAACAGUAUUGUUAAAAAAAUUUGACAAGUGAGAUGAUAAAUCAGUUUUUUUAGAUUUGGAGUAUGAGGGAUUUAUUGGUUUACUCUGAGUGUAUUUUUUUUCUGUCUGUAAACAAAUUUUUGAAAAAAAAUCUUGCUCCUAUGUAUAGAGUGUAGAAUCUUUUCUUAAAGAUAAUUUUGUGUAGUUAGUACAAUAGAAAGAUUAUUUUUUGAUUUUCCAAAGGAUUUAUAAUUUAAUUAGUAUAAACCAGAAAAAAAGUUAUAAGUAAACAAGUAUUUAUGGUGUUACUAAUUUCAUUGUUUUUAAUUAAUAUUCAUUAUGUUUUCUACCGAAAAUAUUGUUCCAAUAGAAAAAUAACAAGAUAAUUUUUUGUUACAUUUUUAAGUUCUAGUUCAUGAGAAAGUUCCUCCCCAACUACCCACCUUCAACAGUGAAUACACUCGUCCCCAAUAUCAGAUUUUUUAGUUCCAUUUUGGCUACAAGAAAAAAAAUAGGACCAACACUAUAAAAUUUUCAGUUUACUAAGCUUCACUCAGAAUCUUUUUUUUUUAUUGUACUGAUUAAUUGUUAAAUUACUUUAUAUAAGCUGUAUCCUAUUCUUAACUAACUUUCUACCUACAAACAUAGCUUACCUUUAAUGUGAAGCAUGUUUGGUUUUUUUUUCCAUUUUAAUUUAUCAUAGUAUUUAUUUUACUUUUGUAUUAUUUUAGGACAUGUUCUAAAGUUUAUGAUAGAACAAUUACAUCACUAUUUCCUGAAACUUAUAUUCCAGAUGAUGCUAGUGAUGAUUCUGAAAGGUACAAAAUAAAUUAUAUUGAUACAUUAUAUUCACAUGAAAGUAUAAUUUAUGUUAAUUAUUAUUUAUUAGUAAUCCAGUGGAACUGGUUAUAAAUGAAAGUUCAUCAAAUGUUGAAUUAGUAGAAUAUAUGUGCAAUACACAAAUUGGUAUUGGUUUUGUGAACAGAAACAUGGGAUUACCACAAAAUACAUUUGUCAGUAAUGAUGCAAUUAAAUGGCUUAUGGACAAUUUAAAAUCUUUUGAUAGUAGAAGCAAAGCUGUUGACCGCUUACAGGUUAUAUUGAAAUGUAUUAUUUUUCUAUCUAUAUUAAUUUUUAUCCAGUUUUACUAUAUUUUAUUAGGAUAUUUUAAAUGAAGGAUUAAUUUGCCAUGCAUCUGGAGAUUCAUCUCAUCCUUUUAUUGACGGAUUUUAUUUAUAUUAUAUGCCAGUGUGUGAAUCACCUACUGACCAAUGUAAUUAUUUUAUAAUAUUUAAUUAAUACUAUUAAUUCAUUACUACAAUCAGAUUUGUAUGUGUAUAGCUUUUCCUAAACAUGAUUUUCAAGCAUUUGAAAAUGAAUGGGUUGAAGUGGAAGUCAAGGAGCCUAUUCAGUAUCCGAGUGAUUCAGAUAUUUUAAUGGAAUCUUUGUCAUUGCCAGAACCACUUAAGCAUAGUUCUAAGUGGGAAGGUGCAUAACUAUCUGUUUGAAUUAUAUAUUAUUAUUAUACUUAUUAUUAAUAUACAUAUAUAUUAAUUUUUUUAGUUCCAUGGUACAAAGAAGCUCAUUUAGAGGUAGAUGUUAAUAGUAAAAGUGACUGUGUAGAAUGGGGCCAUGCUCAUUAUCAAUCACUUUAUCGCUGUGAUCAUGCAUAUGAAAUUAUAGCUCAGUGGGUAGCAGCAUCUGGCUCAGUUGUAGCUGAUUUGGUAAAAUAACUCAUAAAUUUAGUUUUAAAUUAAUUACAUUUUAUAUUUUAUAUCAGAUCUAUACAUGGGCGCGAACAGCACAAACUGGUGGAUUUCAAUUGAUACCAUUACCAGCUGAUCCUUUUGCUUUACCAUAUACACUCAAGGCUGAUCCACUGCGUGGUCCAGUUUUUGUACCAAUACAUUUGGAAUGUCUUUUAAAACAAGGCGAAAAUAACUUAUUUCAUGGUAAUUUGUUAGUAUAAUUGUUAUUGUUAGGACAUAAAAUUGAAUACAUUAAGAAACUACCAAAAUUAUAUUAAUUAUGGAUUCCCUAAACCAAUGGUUUUCAACCUAGGGGUUGUGACUAACAAAGGGGUUUUGCUGACAGUGGGUCAUUUCGCCAUCAAAAGAAAAAAAAAUAAGGAAAUUCUCAAGCUUCCAAUGGAGGUUGUCAAAAAAAAAAAAAAAAUGAUAAAAUCUACAAAUCUUAUUGUAAUGAAUACUAUAAGCUCAGAAAUGAAAUUAGUUUUCAUUCUGACUUUUUAUAUCUUCAUAAAUUGAGUUUAAAAAUCUAUAAAUUGAAAAUUGGCGGCAAUCAAAUGUGUGUUACCCGGUUUUUGGUUUUGUGGGUUACCACUGUGACUGAAAUCAUACCUUAUCAUGUAUCUCUUAUUGAUAAUGUUAUUAAUACAUUUUAAUUAGUAUGGUACCUUAAUAUACCUGAUAUUUAUAGUAUACAUUAUUCUAUUGUGUUUAACAAAACAAUAUUCCAACAUUAUGAAAUAUUCAGUUUCUAAAAGUAUAAUUACUCAUUACAGUGCUAUGUUAUUGAUAUCCAGUUAACCAAUUUUAGUGAACAUUUUUUUUUUUUUUUUAAUAUUAGUUUUAUUUGCCUCCAAUUGAUGAUUUUAACAUAAUUAUUAGUAUGAUCUUGAUCAGUAAAGACUCAAUCCUGUAUAUUUCAUAAGAAUGGUUAUUAUUAUUAUAUUAGGAUGAGUUUAUCAAUACAACUAUCAAUAAUGUGAUUAUAGUGAUAAUUUGUCAACAGUAAAUAUGAUAAAUAUAAAUUGUAUACUAGCAGACCACAAUUAUAAACAUAUAAAACUUAAAAAAAAAAUAUAUAUAUAUAUUAAUAAAUGGGAUACUUUUUUUUUAUUGCUAAAUUAUCUUUGUGGAAAUAUGACUUGUCCUGCAUCAGAAAACCACUGCCCUAAACAGAUCUUAUAGUUAAUUUAUUAUUAUUAUUAUUAUUUUUUUUUUUUUUUUUUUACAAAGAAAUAACCUUAAAUUAUGCUACUUGUUUAAGAUAUUUAAAGUUUAAAAUCAUAAAAAAAAAAAUUAAAAAAUAAAUAACAACAUUUUAAAGUAAUUAGCAACUACUACUUACAUAGAAUAAUUAGGUAUGUAUGUAAUGUAUUUACAUUAAACAAUGAAAUUAAUAAAAUACUUAAAAAUUAUAACAAAUUCUAAAAUACAAAUAAAAUUCUCUUAAGUAAAACUGUUCUAGAGAUAUUUAGUGCAACUUCCCAUGUUCAUUUCAAUCAAGUUGAUAUACAACUAAGUAGGCCCCCAUGUACUUUUGAAAGUACACAAAUAAAUAUUUGAUUUAUUGCCUGUUCCAAAAAGCUGACCUAGAUUCUACAAUUUGUUUUAAAACUUUAUAAUUUUAUAUAUUUAAAAAUGUUUACAUAUUUAAUACCUAUGAAGAAUAUUCUGAGGAUUCAUGGUCCCAAAGAUUAUUACUAUUUCAAGAAACUAUACUUUAUCGGUUUGGGUUUGUAAUAUGCAAUUCAAAAAACAAUAAUGACCGCGAAUCAUGCCGAUAUCAUAACCAAUACAUUCAUCUUACUGGUUCGUAAAUAAAUUUAAUAAAUAUUUUGUGUAAAAUAUAAAAAUGUUUAGUGUGCAAUUUUUUAUUCACAGGCAAUGUAUUUGUGUUAAUACUUUCUGAUUUAAUUGAUGAAAUAACAGAGAAGAAUGAUUCUCCUGAUCAAGGAUUAAGUGAUUUAGAAGCUGGAAAUAAUCAACAAGAAACACUAUUGAGCCCUCAUAUGGAGUACAUUACACGGCAUGUUUAUCAUAGAUCACCCAAAGAUAAUGAUCCAAAAAUUGAAAAAAGGGUGGGUAACUUAUUAAAAUAAAUUGAUAAGUAAAAAAAAUGUAAAUAAUUUGUUUAUUGUUUAUUUAUUAGAUUUGUGUACAGAAUUUUAAUAAUAAUAUUAUAAACUUUGUAAAAAAAUUAUAAUAUACUAUUUUAUUAACAUUAAUUGUUUGUGUAGGUUGGAUAUCUUUGGGCAUGGAAUCAUAUGGUGAGUCGUAGGUGGAAAUGGUCAAAUCCGGCAACUGGUGAUGAAGAUUUUCAAAAUAAACUGUUAAAAGAUUUUAGACAUUUUUGUAGUAAUAAAGAUGAUAGGCUAUUAAAAUUUUGGAAUAAUUGUAAAACUUAAUAAUGAAAUGUCAGGAAUAAAAUUAUGACUCAUAGUCAGUUAAUUAAUUACUCAUACUGCUUACAAUCCUUUUUAAGUAUUCAAUAAAAUAUAAACUUGUUUUAAUUAUGCUUAGUAUUAACUGUGAGAUAUUAGUUGAUAAUUUUUUUUUCUAUAAAAUAUACUAUUGAUUUGAAGUAGUUAAAA